AUGUUUUGUAUCUUUGUAUAAAGCAAUUUAUUCUGUAGAUGUUUCAACGUAGUCAAGUUAGAUAUAAUAAUUUAGUUAAAAUGAUUAAUUUUUGAAGAAGUAUUGGUCACAUUUUCAAUUACUUAUGUCAAUUUACAAGUAACAAAUAUUUUACUGACAAAUCAUACCAUAGAUUUAUCCAUCUUGGUGCCACUGAUUCGAAGAUUUCGUUUUUGAAGUCGUGUCGUUGUAUUACAAUUGUAUGCGGUAGUUGUGUCGAUAGAUUCAAGAUGGCAAGUGAGUUAAAGGAAAUCGUUACCCAAAUUAUUGAAAAUAUAACAGAAACAAAUGUCCCGACAUCCCCUAAAAUACCCUCGACACCCGAGGGAAUGGCCAUCGCUUACGGUAGUUUAAUCAUUAUGGCAGUAUUGCCAAUUUUCUUUGGCAGUUAUCGGGCCGUUAAAUACCAUAUGGAGCAGCAGGCGCAAUAUGAAGAGAAUGGAGUACCAGAAACAAUGUCACAUAAAGAAGCAGUGAUAUUCCCUUUCAUUUGUAGUUUUACAUUAGUGGCUCUUUAUGUAGUAUAUAAGAUAUGUGCAAAGGAAUUUAUCAAUCUUAUUUUAGUUAGUUAUUUCCUCUUCUUAGGUGUCCUUGCUUUGUGUCAUCUUACCAGUCCAUUAAUAUCAUCAUUAGUACCUGCUGCAAUUCCAAAAACUCAAUAUCAUAUAUUGUUCACUAAGGGUGAAGGUGACAAAGUAGAAGACAUUAUAAAUUAUAAAUUCAACCUUCAUGACAUUGUGUGUCUGAUAUGUUGCUCUCUUGUUGGAGCUUGGUAUGUCCUCAAAAAGCAUUGGAUUGCCAAUAACUUGUUUGGUAUUGCAUUUGCAAUCAAUGGAGUGGAACAACUUCAUUUAAACAAUGUUGUAACAGGAUGCAUCUUACUCUGUGGUCUUCUUUUGUACGAUGCAUUUUGGGUAUUUGGUACAGAUGUGAUGGUAACGGUUGCAAAAUCGUUUGAGGUGCCAAUUAAAUUAGUAUUUCCACAAGAUUUAUUGGAGAAAGGUUUCACUGCCAACAACUUCGCCAUGCUGGGCUUGGGAGACAUUAUUUUACCUGGAAUUUUUAUCGCUCUUUUAUUGCGAUUCGAUAACACUUUAGGCAGAAAAACGAACGUGUACUUCUACUCAACAUUUUUCGCAUACUUUAUGGGACUUCUGACCACAAUGUUGAUCAUGCAUUUAUUUAACCACGCACAACCGGCUCUUGUGUACUUGGUGCCUGCUUGCUUAGGCACUCCUUUAUUAUUGGCAUUAGUUAAAGGAGAUUUGAAGGCAUUAUUUUCUUAUGAAGAUCAUCCGAAAGUUCCAAAAGAAACAGAAAAAUGCGCACAAACACAGGCAGAAUCAAAGAAAUCGUCGUAAUGUUUGUAAUGAGCUGAAUGAUAUAUCAGACUUCAGCAUUGUUAUCAUGCUGAUAGUGGUUGAACAAUUCAUUGGAUGUAUAAAGGACCCAUAAUUUAUAUCUUAUGCUCAAGAUAUAUCAUGAAAAACAUAAUUGUGCUAUGGAUGUGCUAAACACCAUAUUUCCAUAUAUCGAAAUGCAGUUAAGAAUUUUAUGUUCUGAGAUUGACGCAUUCCCGUUUCGUUUUCCAUAAGUAUCAAGAAACAGGGAAUACGAUAAAAAUAAUGCAUAGGGAAAUUACUAAAGACUAUAACUUAUAUAUAAAAUAGAAUGCAAGGUAUAGGAAACAAAAAUUAUUUCCUACCAAAGCAUUUGUUUCGUCUUCUUUUCAAGUAAAGUACAUUAAAUGAGAAUUCUAUAGAGAAUUGGCAUUAGUAUUCCAUUUACAUUAGAAAUUUAGCUUUUGCUGCGCAUAACGUUAAUAUUAUAUUGUCUUCAUAACCAUUGGAUUAAAUUUCAAUUUUAAUCUUCCUAUGUAAUAAAUCACCUGUCUCCUAUAUAUAUUCGGGACAGUAGUAAGAUAUAAAAUUAGAGAAAAUAUUUUUAGGUUAAAAUUUUACAUUUAUAUAUAAAAGACAAUGUUUACCAUACUGUAAUUGGCAGUACAUUUUGCACUUUAAAUCUACUAGUAAGUUAAACAUUUCCACCUACAGAUUCGUGUUUUUGAAUAUAUGUAUUUACCUCUCAUAAAUCUUAACUAAAGUACAAUCUACGUAUCUACUGAGGAUCAGUAGCAAACAGCCUGAUUUUAGGAAGUCAGGCUUAAUCUCAUUAAGAAAAUAGAAGAUAUUUUUCGAUUUAUUAUUCAGUUAAAUACAUACAACUUUUUGUAUACUCUGACCAUAUGUUAAUUGUCAUAAGUUUUUCAUGAAAUUAAUCAUGUAAAAUAUGUACAGUUAGGAUGAUUUGUAAAAAAGAUUUUCAAAAAUGUAAUAAAACUACCUUUUUUUUAAUUUGUGCAUCAA